ACAAUCUACAAGGACAGUCAUUUACUGAUUUUUGCUGAAAGAGGAUGAUUUGGUGAUCCAGUCAACAAAAGGCUUUGUGAAUUUGAACGCUUCUUGCAAUCAUUUUUCAGAACACUGGGAAUCCGAGCUGCUGGAUAAAUGCACUGGUUCAGCCACAGUGCCCCCCUCCGGUGACGAUGAGGAAAGUUUGGAGGCUUCACUGAACCUUGAGACACGGCUUACUAAAGAUAUCAUCUCAAACAGCUAUACUAAGGAGGACAAUGCAGAAGAUGACUGUGAAUUUAGGUUUGAAAAAGUAAGGCGUUUUAAAGCUCGCUGCCUGCAGACUGGUGCUUCUUGUCAAAGGAUUCGGUGUAAUUCAACAGGUGCAAGCUCAUUCUGGAUGGAGAAAGAUGUUGAUUCUCUGGUUGCCACGAAACAAGCUCUCUGUAGGAAUACUCAAACCCAUUCAUUUUGCGGCAACAGGAAGUCCCUGUCUGAACAGCUGGAAGCUGCAGGAGGUGUACAUAAUGUCACACGAGCUGCUCGGUCUUUAAGUUCAGCUCAUUUAAUCCAUCCGAGCUGCAACACUCAGCCAUCAGUUAUUUCAAACAUUGUUUUGAUGAAAGGGCAAGGCAAGGGUCUGGGCUUCAGUGUGGUAGGAGGAAGAGACAGUGUUUACGGACCAAUGGGAAUCUUUGUGAAAACAAUUUACCCCGAUGGAGCGGCGGCUGCUGAUGGCAGGUUGCGAGAAGGAGAUGAAAUACUUGAGGUGAAUGGAGUCGCUAUGAUUGAUUUGACCCAUGGUGAGGCCAUACAAACAUUUAAGCAAAUAAAGAAAGGUUUACUCACACUUACAGUCAGGACGUGUCUAAGAAGUCCCAGUUUCACCCACAGCCACUCAACAGCACAUGUGAGCCGUUCCUGGUCCCUGAGUUCCAACAUUUACAUGCGCAGAGGAAGCUACUCCAGUUCUGAAUUGGAUAACGCUCCCUCACUUCCAAAGGCUACAAGUCCCAAUGACAGAAUCAUUAUGGAGGUCACUUUACACAAAGAGCAUGGUGUUGGUUUGGGAAUAGGACUGUGCACUGUUUUUAUGCAGAAGGAGGUUCCUGGCAUUUACAUCCACACUCUCUCUCCUGGAUCAGUGGCUCAUCUGGAUGGAAGACUCAGGUGUGGCGAUCAGAUCUUAGAAAUUAAUACAAUAAAUGUUCACAAUAUGACUUUGAACGAAACACAUGCCCUUCUGCAGCAGUGCAAAUCUGGACCCAUCAAUCUCAUCAUCAGCCGACACCCAAACCCACAGAUCUCUGAACAACAGUUCAAUGAAGCAAUUUUACAAACUUUUGGAAAUGGCAAAUUUAACAAGGACAGUUGUCAAUGGAAUGCAGAAGGAGGAAAUAAAAAUGAAGCAUGGUGGGACAGAAAGCAAAUUUAUGAAAAAUGCACAGAUAAAACCUUCAGCAAAAAAACUCCCAAACCAAUGACUCGCUCCAGCAGCGACAGCAGUUAUUUUACCAGUGCUUCCAUUAACACUGGCACCAUCUUCUACAUAAACCAAAACAAAGGACUUCAGGCAGAAGAAACACAUAGAUUUAACAGCCAAAUAGAUACAGUGUCAGUCCCAUCGGGAUCACCGGCCGACAAUGUGGAAGAACAGGAGGCCAUUGACAGGAGAGAUUUUUAUUUACUGAAAAAUAACUUCAAGGACCUUGAGAAGGGCACAAGUGAAGUAUUUCAUGGAAAUACUCGUGGUUCAAAGGAGAAUCUGCCACCACUACUGCCAUCUCCCUCACUGAGGAACGUGAGGAACCAGGAUAAUCAGCAAAAAGUUCAAUUUACCACAGAACUGAGCAGUAAUCUAAACAUGAAGAAAAGGAAUGGACAAUCCUGGAUUAGUUACUCCCAGGAUGUAAGGAACUUACUACCACAAGGGGAUGAAACUGUUUCCAUUCACAGCAGCGCCUUGAUGUCAAGAGAUGUCGAUCACUUGUUCUUUUUGCCGGAUUCCUAUCAACUUGAAUUGAGAGGAGUGUAUCAAGCAAAUAACACAGCCAUUAAAAGAGCACUUCUAAGAAGGCAGACGCAAAUAGAUCCUUUUUGUGAGGGUGAGAAACAGGAAGUGUGUGCUAGAACUGCUGAAAACACAGAAAACUUCCACAUCAAAGCUGCUUUUGCUACAAGUCAAGACAGAAGCAGCAGUCACUUUGACUGUGAAUUGGCCACUACUAUGGCAGCAAGGCCACAACCAGUCUCAAAAAAAACAAGCCUUUUUUCUCAGGCUUUGUCCUCGAAAGUGAUGGGAAAUGAGGAUUUGCCUGGAAGAAAGCACAGACUUUCUCCAGGAGAUAAAUCUGCUGAAAACUGUGCAGUGACUUCCUCUGUUUCCAAAUCUACUGCGCCACAGAAAUACAAUGGAAGGGAGCCUUUGCCAUCAGCUAAGGAAUCGGGAGAAAUAGAAUCUGUGAAUGACCUAACAGCAGCUGUGAAAAGACAUCAUCUGGCCGAUGGGUUAAAACAGGAAGCAGAAGGUGAUAUCCUAGCGCCAACAAAUAUGAAGCCAGCUGAGAAAAUGAAUGGGAAAAAAGGACCACCUGUAGCUCCCAAGCCAGCCUGGGUUCGGCAAAGCCUGAAAGCUUUAAGAAGUGGCAAAUGGGCUGAUAGCAAUACAACAAUUAAAAGCAGUCAACAACAAAGCCUCCCUAUGCCUGAAUGCUCAGAAUCAGCAACCCAGUCCAUAAAUCACACGAUCCAUUCUUUUGAAACACUGUCUGCUCUGGAUCUACCAGAUCAAGGCAACACUUGUACACAACCUUUGCAGCUGGAUCAGACCGUGUUCAUGUCAAGCAGUGAAGAAGAUUCAAAAGGAAAGACUUCAUCUCCGAUCAAUCACAAGGACUGUCCUACUGAUAGGAAAAUAAUACUGAAAUCCCUCAAGUCAUCUGAUGAAGUGUUAAUGAAAGCCGUUGGUGCAGUUUCUCACCAGCCACCAGUCAAGUCUUCUCCGAGGAGAAGUAACAGUACAAUCAACGAUGUAUCCACAUCUUUAUCACGUUCCCCACAAAUACCACCACAUGUGGUCAAAGCAACUGGGCUACGGACCAGAAGCUUUCCACUAUCCAUUAGCUCCUCUUAUGAAGUUCGUGAAACAAGCACUCUAAGAGAAGGAACUUUAUCAUCCAGCAGUGACAAAAUACACACCAUCAGCAACCAUGUAUCGUAUGCUUUGAUGAAAGGUGUACUUGCAUUUCCUCAGUCACCGGUAUCAUGGUGUGGCAGUCUGUGGAAUGCACAUCCUAUGUCUCCUUGCACUUCUUCCGAAGAUGCUUUGUCGUGGCCAGAUGGAUCUCCUUUGACCUCACCAACCAUUGAAAAUCAUCAGCUGGAAAAAGGCUUUUCUCUCAGUCUUGCAGAAUUGAGACAUUGUACUAUUGGACUGACAGACGAAGAUAAAAAGGAAGAUGGUAAAAAGGAACACAUCUUAUCACUUUCUUCCUACGUUUCUGCUCAGUCUGUUAUGUCCCUGAUGCCUACAGAAGAACUGGAGGAACUUAUUCAGGAAGUGAAGAACUUGGAUGAGGAAACUCUAAAGCAAUUUGAAGACAUUCACGUUGUGGUUUUACACAAAGAGGAAGGAGCUGGCCUGGGAUUCAGCAUCGCUGGAGGGAUAGACCUCGAGAACAAAAUAACAACUGUUCACCGAGUGUUUCCAAGUGGAUUGGCUGCUCAGGAAAAAACAAUCGAAAAAGGAGAUGAGAUUUUAUCAAUCAAUGGACAAUCCCUGAAAGGAGUGACACACAGUGAUGCUCUGGCUAUUUUGCGACAGGCUCGAAUGCCACAGCAAGCUGUGGUUGUAGUACACAAGUUGAAAGAAGAUGAAAGAAAGCUCAGCACGUCAAGUGAAUGCUCAUCAACUGAGAGUCCAAUUGACUCAGCAACAGAAGAUAAAAUGAGCAGCUUUACUCUGGAACUUGAAAAAAGUGCUGGUAGCAUGGGCUUCAGCUUGGAAGGUGGAAAGGGUUCAAUUCACGGGGAUAAACCUGUCGUGAUCAACAGAAUUUUUAAAGGAGGAGCAGCCGAACAGAGCAACAUUAUCCUGCCUGGAGAUGAGUUAGUGCAGCUGAACACAACUACCAUGCAAGGUCUUACCCGCUUUGAGGCCUGGAAUGUCAUCAAAUCCCUACCCGACGGCCCUACUAAAGUCAUCAUUAGGAGAAAAAGUUUGAUUUCCAACAUAGUCACGUCAACAGAUCCACCUUCAGGUGUUGAAUAAAUCUGCUGAUAAAUAAGAACCAACGAAGAUGUGUGACAUAUCUUUUUUCAAAUACUUCAUUUAUCAGAAAAUUGAUUGCAUACUAAUUUUCUACUUGGAUACACCUGCUUUUAACUGGCUUUUCUCUGCACAGGUUAGUUUUCACCCUUCAAGUAAGUAAGUGUAUUUAUUCUGUACCCCUGCAGGUAUUAAUGCCAGAUAAUUCAACAUCCUAGUGUGCCACUUUGAGCUCUCACACAAGAUAUCAGGGCCCAACUUGGUCAUAGUCUUGACCAUAAAAUUAAGUUCAGUCUCAAUUUGGAAAGUAUUUUUGCAGUUCUUAAAAUUACCUGCUGAAAACAGACUUCUGACUGAUUUUAAGAAUUCUUUGUAUUUGGCAAUAGCUGGUGCAGGCAGUAAAAUAGCUAUACAGUUCACAGAACAAUCAACAUCAUAUCCGUUGAAAGAACAUUGCUGAUAAAAAGUUACCUGAUCAACUUGCACUUUGAUUCCUGCUAAAAUUCUGCCAGACCGUUACAAAAUUUUAGCAAAUUGUGAGAAUAAUUUGCACAUAAUAUUAUCAUCUGCUCUGUGCUUUAGUAACUUCUUAAGACUUUCAACUGUAUAACAGAGUUCCAUGCUUUCAACUGCUGUACGGAAGGACAGAUUUGGCAAAUGUGUUUGUUAUUUUCUGAUAAUUAAAAUAACAAUUGCACAAAUAAACGCACAACUUCACUGA